AUGGGGGUGGAGCUCAACUGGGAGGAUGUCUCUCUGGGUUGCAACGACCUGCCCCAGCUGAGCCUUACCGAACAGGUUGGGUACCUUAGAUUGACUUCUGUUGACAAUAAGUACAACGUCGAGAAGUGUAUGUUUGCCUGUAAUCUUAGGGAUAUCCAGGAUGCGACCUCUGACUCCAAGAUGGACCAAAUCAAGCCUCCCAAGAACCUCAUAUUGUCCCGAGAGAGUAUGGACGCGGCUUUGGACGUCCUGCUGGCGGGGCGAUCCGUGGGAGAGGCUACUCAAAAAGUGGCAGAAACUAUUUCCUCCAGGUCGGCUAUUCGACCUCCACCUCCUCCUCCGGUCUCUUCUCGGGCUUCUAAGCCCAGCUCUCGACACAGCAGGUCGUCCCGGCCUUCCAGCCAAGGGAGGUCGAGCUCUACUCAUCAGUCUAUACAAGCCCCCCGGCCUCAAGGUACUUCUAAUGAGGGGACGGAAGAGGGUCCCAUGAUUAUCUCUGAAGUGGCUGAGGGUGUCGGAUCGGUGAGGUCGGACCUUGUCCUUCCUACUGUGGGUGCUUCUGGGGUCUCCGCUGCUGUUGAAGAGGAGGUCCCCGGGGGGAGGCUCGAGGUCCCCAUUACGGAAGAGGGAACUCCUGGGAAAAGAGCAGAGGUUAUUCUCGUGGACGAGGAUGUCUCGGAGGCCCCCACCAAUGAUGCUCUUGCCCCUGAAGAGGUGGGAUCUGACCCUGCCAAGGAUGGAGGUGUCACAGAGAAGGCAGGGCACAAAUGUCCUGCCGCCCUUGAAAUGCCUGCCCCAGCUCCAGCUCGGAAGAAGUCCAGGGCUUCCAAGGGAUCAGCUCCAGCCCUUCCUCCUAUUGGAGAGGAGAAAAAAGGUUCUAAAGAAUCAACUCCAGCUCUCCCUCCUCUCGAAAAGAAGAAAGAUGUCCCUGUGAUACCACUGUUGUCUGCUCCUGACAACGACAUUCUGAACGCGGAGGAUAUCACUCAUCAGUCUCCGGCGAGCGUGGUUGCUGAGAUUGUCAAGGAGCGGAUGUUUGGUGGCGUCAUGGAGGCUUCGGACCCACGCUUGCUUGCUCUCACUGGUCUCUUAGCUAGCUCUACUAGGGAGCAAGCAGCGUUCCGUUCUCGACCUCGUGGGGAGCUUGGAGACACAAUCAGGGAGAUGCUUCUGAUGGUGACGGGCCUCUUUAUGGAGGUGGAUGCUCGCGACCACUCUCUCCAGGAAUCUGUGGACCGCCGGAUUGAGGAGGUGCAUCUGGAGGAGAAUUUAUCCGCAACUAGUGAUGCCAGGGGCAACCUUGCAGCAGCUAGAGUUCAUACCCAGUCCCUUCAGGCAGAGCUGCAUUCUGCAUUGGAGGCCCUCAAAAGAGCUGACGGGAAGGCGGCUGAGGCACAGGAGCAUGCCGAGUCCCUGGAAGCAGAGUUGUCUCAUACCCGCAGGGUUCUCAAGGAGUAUGAUGAGAGGGCGGCUGCAGCUGAGGUCCGAUGUGAAGAAGUUUUGAAGCAGCUGUCCUCUAUGGUGGAGACUCUUCGUGAGAAGGACGAGGCUGUGAGUCAGAAGGAUGAGGUCCAGCGUCAAUAUGUGGCCCUGAAGGCUGAUUUUGAAGGAGCUCAAGCUCACCUUGAUAAGGUGAAGGUUCAAAAGGAAGGAGCCCUAGCUCGGGUGGAGGUUCUCGAGCAGGAGCUGAGUAAAAGUUCUGAACAUAUCAGAGACCUGGCUUCAUCGGCGGAGGAGUCCAAACUUCACAAUCAACAACUUAGUCAAGAAGUCAGGACUAUGGAGCAUAAAUGCUCAGCCCUGCUCGAGGAGGCCAAACAUGUUGAGGACAGGAUCCAGUUGGAGUGCGAGAGGCAUUUGAUGGAGUAUAAGGAAUCAGCUGAGCUAAAGGAGAAGAUUGAACAAGCAUGUGAAGCUCAUCUUCGAACUUACAAGGAUUCUCCCGAACUGAAAGCAAUUAUAGCUGAGGCCUGCCAGUCACGACUUGCGGAGUAUAAAGCCUCUGAUGAGAUGAAGGUCGCUAUUUGGCACAAAGGCUUUCGCAUAUACGUGUCCGGUUUCAAUAGGGGUUUAAGAGAUUCCAGACUUGCUCUUUCUACCCCUCUAGCAAAGCUCCGAGCUGCUGAGGUGGACUCCGAUGGUGAGGACGUGUUAUAUGGUGAGGAUGAUCUGCCUUUACCCAAAGGAACCUCUCGCACUGUAACUGGGUCCUCUGAGGCAGAACCCAAGCAAGGGGAUGAAGACGCUGGGCCUCGAGGGCAGGAGAUCGUACCUUUUGUUGGUACGAAGGGCUCUGAGCAAGAGGAUGACAGUCCUCCCGUAGAUAGUAAUGUAAAUAGUGUGAAUGAUAAUGAUGCAAAUGUGGAUGAUGACAUGCCUAAACAUGUAAGUCCUUUAAGGACAAUUUUGCCUUCAUCGGAGUAG